AUGUAUCCUUUCCACUACUCCGAAACCCAGCAACAGCAACAGGAGGAUCGCUACCACCCACAGCUACAAGCAAACCAGAACAAGAAGAGGCUAACGCAAGAGCAAGUGGGAGUGCUGGAGAGCAGCUUCGGCGCCAACAAGAAGCUACUCCCGGACCUGAAGCUCGAGCUCGCGAGGCGGCUCCACGUGCCGCCGAGGCAAGUGGCGGUGUGGUACCAGAACCGGCGCGCCAGGUGGAAGGCCCAGAGCCUGGAGCUGGACUACAACACCUUGCAGCUCAAGCUGGACCACGCCGCGGCCGAGAGGCGCCGGCUCGAGAGGGAGGUGGCUCGGCUCGGCCACGAGCUGGCCAGGGCCCACGAGAUGGUCCAGCUGGCUCUCAUGACAGCGGAAGGGCCUCCUCCUCCUCCUCCUCCGCCGCCGUCUUCUCAUCUGGAGAAUCCGGCGAGCCGUCCGAUCGACGUCAAUAUUGCACGGAACAAUUCGUGUAGCUCUUCGUCUGAUCAUCAAUGGGGAAGCUCGGCCAGCAUUAUGAAUGAUAACAUUCAUAAUGGUGGUGGUGAGGUUUUGGAGGUUGAUGAGGAUGAGCUGUAUGCUUCUUUCAUGAUGGGAGGUGGCGAUGGCAGUGGAUCAACCAGCAGCUGGGAUUAA